AUGGCUGUGACGUCGAUGGACUUGGAAGCGGGAGGCUUCAGCCUGAAGACACCUCCCUCCCCGAUGGCGGAAGAGCUACGCCUGGACGAUCGAUCGGAGCUAGGAGAUGAUGCUGAAACUUCGCCAAACUCGCACUCCGUUCUCGCUCGACUCCCCACCGAGCUCCUACAAGAUAUCCUCUCCUACCUCUCGGCGGAAGAUCUGGCCCGCGUGUCCGCCACCUGCCGUGCUCUCGCCCAACACGCCAACAACGACUUGCUCUGGCAAAACCUGAUCAACGCAUACCUUCCCGACCCUAUCUCCGACCCAGGCCCAUUCGAAUCCUUCCGCAGUCUCUACAUCGCACAUUACCCGUGCUGGUUCAUUCCACAGAAGAAGAUAUGGUUCUCGGAUACCGAACACACAGGGAACCUGAUUCUCGCCCGGUAUGACAACCGACGCGGCGUUAUCGAAGCGUACCGGGUCAUCGCCGAGCGCCGAACACAUAAGCUCGAAUUCUGGGAGUACAAUCCGGAGGUCAUUAUCCAGUCGUUCCACCCCAAAGUCAGCCUGUGGCUGGACGACCCAGUCCUCCUGCUGAAAAGCCCCUACAGUGGACGCCGGUUCCUGAAGGGCGAUCGCAUGCCCAUGCCUCUCGACAACCAGAACAUCUACAACUCGCUCUCUCUCUGCUCCACGGACGUCCCGCCGGAUCUGACGCCCGACGACCAAUGGCCUCCGCCAAGCAUCCCCAGCAAGCAUGUUGUGCGUCGGGACAUGGUCGAUAGGCCGCUGGAGACCCCCUCGCGGAUGGAAAAGAUGUCGGAGCAUGCAUUCCGCAUUCUUCGAUGGGCACACUUCCGUCUAGGCCCGAUCUUUAGCGCCGGUCGCAACGAUCCCCUUCUGACGUACGCCACGCUGGAUCCGGAGUUGUAUACCCCCACGAGGGAAAAGCCAUACCAAGGCAUCUGGGUCGGGGACUAUUCCGCCCACGGGUGCGAGUUCUUACUAUUCCUACAACGCGAUUCUCCUGAGGGAGAAGUCGGUUCGUCCGCGACUGAUGAGCACGGUCGGAGCGAUGACGAGAUCAUCCAGAGGGGCAGUCUCGAGGCAAUCAAACUCACCGGAGACCCGAACGUGCCCCGUGGUCAGAUAUCGUUUGUAUCCGAUGAUAUCGGGCCAGCUGGGUUCAUUCGCGUCGCCGAAGAAGCCCUCUUUCGGGGGGCACGGAUUGUCCGCAGCAGAGGCCAUGUCGCUGGUCUUGGGUUUAGAGAUGAUACUUUUAUUCCGUCACAGCUUAUUCUGUUUUCGCCCGACUGCAUCGCUCACUACUGGGACCCGAUGGGCCAUAUUUCGUAUUUCCGACGCCUUAAUAUUGACGAGCUCCUCCGGACCUGA